AUGGCCUUGAAAACGUCCAACCCCAGGCCGGGCUUUCCAGUCGCCGCCUCGGUGAUAGUAGCUGGAACCUUUUUUGUGGUCAUCGCGCAGGCAGCGUUGGCAGCUGUCGUGUCACACGUCAAUUGUAGGCAAAACUCACUGAAGUCCUGUAGCGCAGCCUCCAUCGCGAACUAUGAUGAGUUCAGGAAGGCUAUGAUACCAAUUUGUUGUAGGUAUAGAGAGUUGAAGGAGGAUCAAGGGAAGAAGGGAGUCGAGAUCGGGGAAGAGAGAACGUACAAAGAGAGUAGGGUUUGA